CCCGGAGUCUUCUGCAGGCAUCCUGGUGACUGAGCUCCAGCUUGGGCAGCACCGUUGGGUCGGAGCGCUCAAGCAGCCACUAGGCCACAGCCAUGAAUGGGACGGAGGGCCCGAACUUCUAUGUGCCCUUCUCCAACAAGACAGGAGUGGUACGCAGCCCCUUCGAGUACCCGCAGUACUACCUGGCAGAGCCAUGGCAGUUCUCCAUGCUGGCUGCCUACAUGUUCCUGCUCAUUGUGCUUGGUUUUCCCAUCAACUUCCUCACACUGUACGUGACCGUACAGCACAAGAAACUACGCACGCCGCUCAACUACAUCCUGCUCAACUUGGCCGUGGCUGACCUCUUCAUGGUCUUCGGUGGCUUCACCACCACCCUCUACACCUCUCUUCAUGGAUACUUCGUCUUUGGGCCCACAGGAUGCAACCUGGAGGGCUUCUUCGCCACCCUGGGUGGUGAAAUCGCGCUGUGGUCCUUGGUGGUCUUGGCCAUCGAGCGGUACGUGGUGGUGUGUAAGCCCAUGAGCAACUUCCGCUUCGGGGAGAACCAUGCCAUCAUGGGUGUAGCCUUCACCUGGGUCAUGGCUCUGGCCUGCGCUGCACCCCCCCUCGUCGGCUGGUCCAGGUACAUCCCAGAAGGCAUGCAGUGCUCGUGUGGGAUUGACUACUACACGCUCAAGCCUGAGGUCAACAACGAGUCCUUCGUAAUCUACAUGUUUGUCGUCCAUUUCACCAUCCCGAUGAUAGUCAUCUUUUUCUGCUAUGGGCAGCUCGUAUUCACGGUCAAGGAGGCAGCCGCCCAGCAGCAGGAAUCGGCCACCACCCAGAAGGCAGAGAAGGAAGUCACCCGCAUGGUCAUCAUCAUGCUCAUCGCAUUCCUGAUCUGCUGGCUGCCCUAUGCUGGAGUGGCCUUCUACAUCUUCACCCACCAGGGCUCCAACUUCGGGCCCAUUUUCAUGACCCUCCCGGCAUUCUUUGCCAAGAGCUCCUCCAUCUACAACCCCGUCAUCUAUAUCAUGAUGAAUAAGCAGUUCCGGAACUGCAUGCUCACCACACUCUGCUGUGGCAAGAACCCAUUCGAAGAGGAGGAGGGCUCCACAACCGCAUCUAAGACAGAGACCAGCCAGGUGGCCCCAGCCUAAGCCCUGCCAAGACCUUGGCACCGGCUAUAGGAGAAUCACACCCCCACACCCGCCCCAAGCCAUAGCUACCCCAUUGGGAGGGUGCCUGUCAGAAUAUGGCCAUACAGGUUCCCUGAUUUAAAAGAAAAGAAAAAGAAAAAGAAUGAACAAAUGGGAGAAAAAUGAAGCUACCCCCUUGGCGGGGUCAACUUGAGGAGGGAUACAUACUGAGACCACAAUCUGGAGUUCCCAGGGGCUGGUGUGAUCUGUUCUCCUCCUCCCUCCUCAUCUCUAAGGAACACAAAGACUAUUGCUCUCUGGAAAAGUGUCCCAGCUUAGGGAUAAGUGUCUAGUGCAGAGAGGGGCACAUAGUAGGUGCUUAAUAAAUGCUUGAUGGAUGAAGGAAGGAAUGAAUGGAGGAAUGAAUGAAGGAAUGAAUGGCUGGGGAACACCUAUGUGUCCUCCCAAAACCACCUUAGCAAACAGCAGCUCACACCUUUGGCUAUGUGACCUUGGGCAGUUGCUUUCUCUCCUGGGCCUCCCUUUCUUCCCCUGUAGAACAAACGUCCUAAUUCUGGACCUGCCUCUUACUCAGCACUGCUGUGGAAAUCAGAUGAGUUUGUGUGUGUGCGUGUGCGUGUGUGUGGAAGCGUGUGUAAGCACUUUGUAAAUGGUGAGGAGAUGUACAGACUGUAGUUAACAUUACGAAUAAUACCAGUUAAUAU